CGUCGGAGUAUAGAAUUUAAAGAUGGCCGUCAGUUCAAUGAUAUAAAAGGUUCUGCGACAUAGUGUGAGCGUCGGAAACAGUAGCUUCUUCUGUGUAUCGAUUCGUCGAGGCGGAGUAUAUCCGAUCGGAUUUGUAUUUAACGCAAACGUGUACUUUUUAUAAGUCGCAAUUGAGUCCAGUGAGAAAACGGUUAAGCUCGGCAGGAUGGGCCGUUCGCGAUCCAGGACGAAAUCACCGAGCAGGCGGCGUCACAAGAGUAAGCAUUCUCGCAAGCGGUCGAAAUCACGCGAGAAGCACUCCAACAACAAAUAUUCAGACAAGCCGAAGGAACGUAGCUCCAAAUCCAGAAAGCGAUCCCAUUCCGCGUCAUCCAGUAGUGGCUCCGAUGUAUCGGACGAUGUGCAUAUUGUCAGUCAUAAGAAACGUUCAUACAGGGACAGAGAUCGAAAGAUGGACGAGGUAGAGAGACUGGCAGAAAUGGAGCGGCAAAGGAAAAAGAAAGAAUUAAUGAACAAAAUCUUCACCACGAGCACAAUUGGACGUCAGCGUGAGGUGGAACAAAAGAUGGUAGAAGAAGAAGCGGCCAAACGUAUAGAAGAACUUGUACAAAAGAGGGUAGAAGAGGAGCUUGAGAAACGUAAGGAAGAAAUUGAGGCUGAGGUGCAGAGGCGGGUGGAAGAAGCAAAGAGGGCCAUGGAGCGUCAAAUGAUGGAGGAGAUGGAGUGGAGACAAGCGAAACUACGUGAGGAGGAGAAACGAAGAGAGGAAGAAGAGCGGAAGAAGCGUGAGGAACUAGAGAGGAUUAUGGAGGAGAACAACAGAAAGAUCGAAGAAGCUCAGAAGAAACUGGCUGAGGAGAGAUUGGCCAUGGUCGAAGAACAACGACUAAUGGAAGAAGAGAGGCAAAGAAUGAGAAAGGAGCAUGAGAAACGCGCUAAGGAGGAGCAGAAGAAGAUCCUAGGCAAGAACAACUCAAGGCCUAAGUUAUGCUUUACGCUAAAAUCAGCUACGUGAGUCCGUAUUAUUUCGUGCAGUUUUACUUGUGAUAUAUACAUGUACACAAUCUUAUUAGCUUUCAUACCUGAUCCAUAAGAACAGUCGUCGCGGACAUAUGUAGGUGCAUAAACAAAUACGGUAACGUAAGACCCAAAGCUCAUCCUAAUGUUAUUCAAAACGGUUGUUGAAAUCGCAGGCGAGGUUGAAUUUCGUUUGAUCGUAAGCCGAUAAUGGACGACAUUCGAAUCGAGUGACCAAUUCUCUCCUCGUGAGACUUCGACAUAAAUGCAGAUGGGAUCUCACGUUGCGCGAGAUUACACUGACAUCAGAGCGAGCAAGUGUAAAAUUUUUAACACGCGUAACAUGCGCGAAAUAUGAAGGCUACUGUAACAUAGCUUUUUUAUUUCAGUACAUAUUCGGUUUUAAUUUUUACUUCAACACGCGAAACUCUUGAAAGUCUCGCUUCUACUCGAUCUGUUUUUGCUCUGUCUGAUGCGAGUGUAUUCUAAUCCGUUUCAUGAUUUAUACAUGUAUGCAAUUUGUAUAUUGUAGGUCUUCUAUUAUCGUCUUAAUGUACAGAUGACAUAAUAAUCUAUUGCAGUGAAUGAAAAAUCACUUAUGUUUUACGCAUAACAAGAAUAAAUUGUGUUAUGCAUAACAAAGUAAUGAUAAGAUUCAUUAUCGAAUACAGUAUCGAAUCAUUGAUUAAAUAUAAUUUCACCAUAAGCGUUGAGUACACGACGAUUAUUUUCUUUUUUUCUCAAAGUUGUCUAUUUUACGAACGUCUGUAAAAUAUAACACUAUCUUAAUAGUGAAGUGGCAAAUUUUUAUGGCAAUGCCGGACAACCUUCUUACAAUGGCGUCGUCGUUCGAGUAUAUACAUAAUCACAUUUUUAGAAUCUAAA